AUGGCCGAUUCAGCUGCAUUAGGGGCCCCCACUGGAAUCUUCUUGGGGGACCCCGAGCCCGCGGGGGCCCCCCCAGAGCAGCUCAAGGGGGUAUUUCAGUACCCUCCCCUAUGGGGGCCCCUCUCAGGGCUAGAGUGGGCGGGGUGGGGCCCCCCAAGGGGCCCCCAAGGGGGGCCCCCAGAGGGGCCCCUAGGGGGGCCCCCAAGGGGGGCCCCCCAACUUCAAUCGUACCCCGUUUCCUGUGGGGCCCUGGGGGCCCUAUUGGGGGGCCCCUGGCGAGCUGGGGAGACAGUUGAAUUUCUUGGGGCGGAUGCGGAGGCCCCAAGGCAGGCCCUGCUGACUGCCCUCUGCAGCUUGCUGCUGGGGGCCCCCCUUGCUGCUGCUCUCUUUGCCUCUAUCCAGGGGGCCCCCCUCUUCCCGAGGCUUUUGGGGGCCCUCAAGACCCACCCCAGCAUAACUUGUCUCCCUUUAAAU